UGUUAAUUGAGAAGUGUCAAACUGUACAAGUGAAAUUAAUAUUCAAAAAAAAUAUUUCGAAAUGUCCAAGUCUAGUUUGAUCGCAGUUUUGGCGCUCAUCGCAACCGUGUCAGCCAAGCCAUACAUAUACUAUGGACCAUUGGCAUCAUCUAGCUCAUACUUAGAUUUGUACAACCCUGCCGUAGCUUCAUUGGGAUCCUACUCUAGUUAUCCUGCAGCAUAUUCACUAGCGUACACUAAUACGUACCCAGCAAACUAUUUAUCGCCUCUAUCUGGAUCGGCCUCUGCGCAGCUAUCCCUACCUGGUGUGUACGGAUCAUCGUAUGUUGUGGAAGAACAAGCGUCAGCCCUACCUUUAGUCAACCCUGCCCCCGUCGCUCCUGCUGUUUCAGCAGCAGCUGUCCCAUCUUCAGUCUACGGAUGGCCCCUCUACAGUUACUACUACAAGCGAUAGGUUUUUUAAACAUCAUGUAUUUCUAUUUAAAGACUCAUGCAUGACUGACAUGGACUUCUGAUAAAGUAUAGGAUGUUUCUUUUUUGUUGUUGUUAUAUUAAU